GCAGAAGUUUGGCUGGCGCCCCAGAGAGGAAACUUUUCUCCAGGAGGCGGGGGCGGCGGACAGGAGCAGACGCUGGGCUGGUUCGGGCCGGACUCUGGGAUCCGUGACCUAGCGCGGGGGCUUCUGCGCGGCUCCCCCGGGCCGGGCCGGGCGGCGGCGGCCGGGAUGUACCUGGCAGCGGUCUUGGCGGGGAGGAGGCGCCCGGGCGGCGGCGGCGGCUGGCACCUGGGGGCGGGGUGGCUGCUCCUUGUGCUGCUGGGCGAGUCCGGGACCCGGGCGCUCGUCUGUCUUCCCUGCGAUGAGUCCAAGUGCGAGGAGCCCAAGAGCUGCCCCGGCAGCAUCGUGCUGGGCAUCUGCGGCUGCUGUUUCAUGUGCGCCCGGCAGCGCAACGAGAGCUGCGGGGGCGUCUACGGGCUGCACGGAGCCUGCGACCGCGGGCUGCGCUGUGUCAUCCGCCCCCCGCUCAACGGGGACUCCAUCACCGAGUACGAAGUGGGCGUUUGCGAAGGAUCCUACAGUUGUCUUCAGAGACUGAUGUUAUUUGCACCUGCUCCAGUUACAGCUACUUCAGUUGAUGUUGUUUUCUCAAAAAAGGAAAUCAAUGUGAUCUGCACUUUUGGUGGAACAAA